CACUUUAUAAACCUCUCUUCAAGCAAGAAGUUACCCAAACCCACCGAAGACUUGUUCACGAACGGUUCUCUUGAAGAGGGAUCGUUCACUUAUUUUGUAAAAGUGAUUAUGGUACCUGGUCGGGGCAUCUCAUGGACAAUUGCACUGUCUUUGAUUGUCUCCACGCAAGCUCUCCUGGGGUUCUCGGUUGAUCUACCCAUGGAAAGUGGAGAGACACCGACUAAAGACAUCAUAACCCGGGCGUUUCCUACGGCAGCCUCGAUCAAAAAGGCCAUAGCACAAUUCAAUGGAGAAGACAAUGACCUUCAUUAUCUCCGAUUUGGACGAUCCGGAGAGAAGACCACAGGCAAAAUCCCAAUUAUCUCUGAGUUUCUCAUGCGACCCGGAAAGCGGUCCAUGAAAGGGUUCCUCACCCGCCCGACUCGAAAAGGUCAAGUCUCGGACUUUUUGACUCGUCCAGGAAAACGAAAUGUGCGAUCUGAUUAUUUCCUUGUUCGGCCCACUCGGAACGACGAAGGCCUAGAUCGGAUUAUUCGGCAAGAUUGGUCCAACUUUCUCAGUCGGCCAACCAAACGUGGAUCCAUGGCCAGUUUUCUAUCCCGCCCAACGAGAAGCGAUUCUAUGGCCCAUUUCCUGUCUCGGCCCACGAAACGCGAUCAAAUUUCAAACUUCUGGACUCGACCCAACCGAGGAGGUGUUUCCAGCUUCCUCACUCGACCUGGCAGAUCUCAAGAGAAUUUCAUGGAAAUUCCGUCGUUUGAGACAGACUACUUGUUCUACGAAGACAAGGAAGACUAAAUCCCUCGCUUUAUCCACGUGCAAGCAAGAAAAGUUUCGCCUUACAAUGUUUUUUCAGGAUUAUGGUUUCUGUCCUAACGAGUUUCAACUACGGGUCUCUCUCUCUCUCCAGGGACUUGUAGGAUUCGUUUCGGUCUUUUAAUUCGCCCAUGUUAAAUAGCUCCUUUCAAACAAUGUUGGUCGUACAUUUAGACGGGGGGGAAUUAGUCCCUUGGGCACUCAGAUAAGACAGGCGAAAUAUGGAACGGCUCAUUUUGUCUGGGGAGGAGAAAUGGGCCAUUUGCAUAUUUGAGCUACGCCGCGCUUUGUAUUUGAAUUUCCGACAUAAUGUGUAUGUGUAUGAUUUAUUAACAAAAAGUCGGUCAAUAGGUGUAUGAAAGCUUGAAAACUGUCUAAACAUUUCAAAGUUCAAUAAACAUGUCCCCAUAUCUCAUAUAUGGCAACCAAGGGAACCAUA